CUUAUCACAUAGUCUUGGAUUGCAAAUGUAAAAUAUUGUAAAAUUUAAUUAAUUCACCGCUUUUAAUUCCGCCUUGGUGGCGUGGCGCAGAGAGAGAGCUUUGUAGAUGCAUGUGAAGAAUCGUGCGUCAUUUCAGAACGUUUUUCUCGGAGAGUUUUCCGGGAAAAAAUGGCUACUUUCUUCUCCUCGUCAUGGGUCUCCGACCUCUCUUGUUCACCCACCGAGGUUAUUGACCGGACGUCCUCUGUUCCGGUGGUCAUCCAAUGGCUGAGGUUCGUCUUCCUCUCUCCCUGCCCUCAGCGCUUGCUCUUCUCCGCCGUCGAUCUCCUCUUCCUCCUCGUCCUCGUCGUCUUCGCUCUCCACAAGCUCCUUUCUUCUUCCCCUGCUCCAACGGAGACCAACGGAAACGCCGACAUCAGCAAGCCCCUCAUCGGAAGCCGCCGAAGAAUCGUAACCAGAACAACCGCAUGGUUCAAAACGACACUGGUCGUCACCCUUCUCCUGUCGUCUUGUUCUGUCGUGCUCUGCGUUUUGGCCUUCACCCGGACCCACUCUCCAUGGAAGCUCGUCGAUGCUCUGUUUUGGCUAGUCCACGCCCUCACCAACGCCGUCGUUGUGGUUUUGAUCCUCCAUGAGAAGAGGUUCAAAGCUUCAAAUCACCCUUUGUCUCUACGAAUCUAUUGGGUUUCCAGUUUCAUCGCCACAACCUUGUUCGCCGCCGCCGGGCUUAUCCACAUCUUCUCCGGCGAGACAGGCGCCGUGAAUUUGGUAGCAGACGACGUGGCUUCGUUCAUAUCGUUCCUAUUUUCGGCCUUUCUGCUUCUGGUCUCCGUCAGAGGAUCCACCGGCGUGGUGACGGCGUCCGAGCCAGAGCCAGAGCCAGAGCACGACGUCGUCAUGGACAAAUCCGAGAACGUCUCUCUGUUCGCAUCCGCUUCGGUUUUCUCCAAAACCUUCUGGUUAUGGAUGAACCCGCUGCUGAGCAAAGGCUACAAAUCGCCGUUGAACAUCGAUGAGGUCCCGACACUGUCUCCAGAACACAGAGCCGAGAGACUGGCUCUGCUCUUCGAAUCGAAAUGGCCCAAACCACAAGAGAACUCCAAGAACCCUGUCCGGACAACUAUGUUCCGGUGUUUCUGGAAGGAAGUCGCUUUCACCGCGUUCUUGGCCAUUGUCCGUCUCUGCGUUAUGUACGUCGGGCCAGUUCUCAUUCAAAGUUUCGUGAACUUCACCUCCGGGAAGAGAAGCUCACCAAUGGAGGGAUACUAUCUCGUUCUCAUUCUCCUCGUCGCGAAAUUCGUGGAAGUCUUGACGACCCAUCAGUUCAAUUUCCAUUCCCAGAAGCUUGGAAUGCUUAUCCGGUCGACCCUGAUUACGGCGCUGUACAAGAAAGGCCUGAAGCUUACUUGCUCUGCACGUCAGGCUCACGGCGUCGGACAGAUCGUGAACUACAUGGCAGUGGACGCCCAACAACUAGCCGACAUGAUGCUUCAGCUUCAUGCAAUCUGGCUGAUGCCGUUGCAAGUGACAGUGGCUCUGGUCCUUCUCUACGGCAGCCUUGGCGCCUCUGUUCUUACGGCAGUGAUCGGCCUCGCGGGAGUCUUCUUGUUCAUCCUGCUCGGGACUAAGCAAAACAACAGAUUCCAAUUCAGCUUGAUGCUUAACCGAGAUUCUCGGAUGAAGGCCACCAACGAAAUGCUCAGCUACAUGCGAGUGAUCAAGUUCCAGGCUUGGGAGAAUCAUUUCAACAAGAGGAUCCAGAAGUUUCGGGAGAUGGAGUUCAAUUGGCUCUCCAAGUUCUUCUACUCCAUCUCCGGUAACAUCAUCGUUCUAUGGAGCACGCCCGUCCUGAUCUCCGCCUUCACCUUCGCCACAGCUCUCGCACUGGGAAUCAAGCUCGAUGCAGCCACUGUGUUCACAGCCACGUCCAUAUUCAAGAUCCUGCAGGAGCCAAUCAGGACGUUUCCGCAGUCUAUGAUCUCUUUGUCUCAGGCCAUGAUUUCUCUGGGAAGGUUAGACGGAUACAUGAUGAGCAGAGAGCUGUCUGAAGAGGCUGUAGAGAGAGCCCAUGGCUGCCAAGGCUCCACUGCCGUGGAGAUCAGAGACGGAAGCUUCAGUUGGGAAGAUGAAGAGGUCGAACCCGUCCUGAAAGGCAUCGACUUUGAGGUUAAGAAAGGCGAGCUCACUGCCAUCGUCGGGACCGUUGGAUCAGGGAAAUCCUCAUUGUUAGCUUCAGUUCUUGGCGAAAUGCAUAAAAUUUCUGGCAAGGUGAGGGUCUGUGGGAGUACAGCAUAUGUGGCGCAGACGUCGUGGAUACAGAAUGGGACGGUUCAGGACAACAUCUUGUUUGGUCUGCCAAUGGAUAGGAACAAAUAUGAGCAGGUUUUAAAGGUCUGUUGUUUGGACAAAGAUCUGCAGAUGAUGGAGUUUGGGGAUCAGACUGAAAUCGGAGAACGGGGGAUCAACCUCAGCGGAGGCCAGAAGCAGCGUAUACAGCUUGCUCGUGCUGUCUAUCAGGACAGCGAUGUCUACUUGCUCGACGACGUUUUCAGCGCGGUGGAUGCCCAUACCGGUUCAGACAUAUUCAAGAACUGCGUAAGAGGAGCUCUGAAAAGCAAGACUAUAUUGCUUGUUACCCAUCAAGUGGACUUCUUGCACAACGCCGACUGCAUACUGGUUAUGAGGGACGGAAUGAUCGUCCAGUCAGGAAGAUACGAGGAAAUACUCAACUCAGGUGUGGACUUCCGUGCUCUGGUGGUGGCACAUGAAACUUCGAUGGAGCUAGUUGAAGCCGGAGCAAACUCUGCAACUAUGGCUGCAACCUCACCAAGAACACCGAUGUCACCCAGAGUGAACUCACCAAGAACUCCGAGAGAUUCAAUGGAGUCUCCUCGGCUAGGCGAGCUGAACGAGGAACAUGUCAAGUCCUUCCUCGGCUCCAACAUCCCAGAAGAUGGUGCGAAGCUGAUCAAAGACGAGGAGAGGGAGACCGGGCAGGUGAGCCUUCGCGUUUACAAACUGUACUGCACUGAGGCAUAUGGCUGGUGGGGCAUAGUUCUCGUCAUCCUCCUCUCCCUGGCAUGGCAAGCGUCUCUUAUGGCCAGCGAUUACUGGCUUGCUUACGAAACCUCAGCCAAAAAUGUGGCUUCGUUUAGUGCUUCCGUCUUCAUACGCAUCUAUGUCAUCAUCGCUGCCGUUUCGGUGGUUCUGGUGUUCAUACGAUCGUUCUACGUCACGCAUCUGGGGCUUAAGACGGCUCAGAUCUUCUUCCAGCAGAUUCUAAACAGUAUCUUGCAUGCUCCCAUGUCGUUCUUCGAUACCACGCCCUCUGGAAGAAUUCUCAGUCGGGCAUCGACGGAUCAAACGAAUGUAGAUAUAUUCAUCCCCUUCAUGAUAGGACUCGUGGUUGCGAUGUACACCACGCUUCUGAGCAUAUUUAUAAUAACCUGCCAAUAUUCUUGGCCGACCGUCUUCUUCGUGAUCCCGCUCGGAUGGCUCAACAUCUGGUACCGGGGGUAUUACCUGGCAUCAGCUCGGGAACUGACCCGACUGGACUCGAUCACAAAGGCACCAGUUAUCCACCAUUUCUCGGAGAGUAUAGCCGGAGUGAUGACAGUCCGUUCGUUCAGGAAAGAGGACAUGUUUAGGAAGGAGAACGUGAAGCGUGUCAACGCUAAUCUCAGGAUGGACUUCCACAACAACGGCUCCAACGAGUGGCUUGGCUUCCGUCUCGAGUUGAUCGGAAGCUGGGUUCUCUGCAUCUCCGCUCUCUUCAUGAUCUUGUUGCCCAGCAGCAUCAUCAAACCCGAGAAUGUGGGGUUGUCACUGUCAUAUGGACUGUCACUGAACUCGGUUCUGUUCUGGGCGAUAUACAUGAGCUGCUUUGUGGAGAACAAGAUGGUUUCGGUUGAGAGGAUCAAACAGUUCACUGACAUUCCCUCGGAAUCCGCCUGGGAAAAAAAAGAAACCCUCCCUCCUCCCAACUGGCCUUUCCAUGGCAACGUCCAUCUCCAAGACCUCAAGGUAAGGUACAGGCCAAACACUCCGCUCGUCCUCAAGGGAAUUACUCUUGACAUCAACGGUGGCGAGAAGAUCGGUGUGGUUGGCCGUACAGGAAGUGGGAAAUCGACGCUGAUCCAGGUCUUGUUCAGGCUCGUCGAGCCUUCCAUGGGCAAGAUUCUCAUCGACGGGAUCGAUAUCUGCACUCUUGGGCUUCAUGAUCUCAGGUCAAGAUUAGGCAUCAUCCCUCAAGAACCUGUCCUGUUUGAAGGAACAGUUAGAAGCAAUAUCGAUCCCACCCAGCAGUACUCCGACGACGAAAUCUGGAAGAGUCUCGAACGAUGCCAACUGAAGGACAUCAUUGCUUCCAAACCCGAGAAACUCGAUUCUCUUGUGGUUGAUAAUGGUGAGAACUGGAGUGUGGGGCAAAGGCAGCUGCUGUGUUUGGGGAGGGUUAUGCUGAAACGGAGCCGUCUCCUCUUCCUAGACGAAGCCACCGCAUCAGUCGAUUCACAAACCGAUGCAGUGAUCCAGAAAAUCAUCAGAGAGGACUUUGAAGCGUGCACCAUCAUCAGCAUCGCUCACCGGAUCCCCACUGUCAUGGACUGUGAUCGCGUCCUCGUCAUUGACGCAGGGAGAGCGAAAGAGUUCGACAAACCGGCCCGUCUGCUGGAGAAGCAGUCGCUGUUUGCGGCGUUGGUGCAGGAGUACGCUCUCCGAUCAUCCGGACUUUGAGACUUCUUAUUUAACUUCAACCCUUUUUGGAACCAACGAUGUAAACAAAGUAGAGAAGCCAGAUUAUGUUUCAAUAAUCAGAUGCUUUCACUCUUUGAUCCCUUUCUUCUCAGGAAUUAUUUCUUGGUUUUCAUAA